AAGCGAAACUUUUGUUUGCUUAUUAUUUCUGUGGCUUGAAGUCCGUGCACGAUUCAAUUUAAAUCAUCAGUUGUUCACUGCUGCUGAAAAUGAAUAUUACACGGCAUCCAAAUUAUUCGGGUCUAACGAAAAAGAACGAUAUAGCAUUGAUACGGCUCACAACAAAGAUUUAUUUCACAAACACAAUUAGACCGGCAUGCUUGCAUACAGACAUAGGUGAUUUGGAUACUCAUAUGAAACUAACUGUAACUGGCUGGGGUGACACUGACCCUGAUCCAAAUAUCAUUUAUCUUAUUUUCAUCCCCUUUCGAACCUUAUUAGUCGUGAGUUUAUCAAACGAAUUACGGAAAAUUGAGAUUUAUACAAUGUCGUUAGGUGAAUGCAAUACUACCUAUAUGAAUCAUGAUGCUCUGAAAAAUCUACGGGAAAUUCGAGAUGGCCUUGAUCUCAGUCAGUAUUGCGUACAUGAUCCAGCUGGAACAAAGGAUAGUUGUCAAGGAGAUAGCGGAGGUCCACUUCUACUUAUUCCCGAUAAUGAUCCAAACAAAGCCACAAUAGUUGGUAUCGUUAGUUUUAGUCAUGGUUGUGCUUUGAAUUUACCAAGCAUUUAUACGCGAGUAGCACAUUAUACAAAUUGGAUUGAAUCCAUUGUUUGGCCACAAAAUUAAUGAUUUUUUGUAUAUAUAUUUUCCCAAAAUUGAUG